AGACAAGUUCUACAGUCUGACACAGAAUCCUCGAGGCUUGUGUGUGAUCAUCAGCAACGAGGACUUCAUGGGCUCUAAAUACAAAAAACGUCUUGGAAGCAAAAUUGACAACGAAAAUCUAAGCAAGCUGUUCAAACGCUUCGGCUUUGUUCCGGACAUACACAAAGACCUGACAGCCGACAAGAUUACAGAGACGCUCAAGAAGCUGAGCGAGAGGGACUUUUCUAAAGAGGAUGCCUUGGUGGUGUGUGUGCUAUCCCACGGAGAAAUAGGCACCAUCAUUGGCACCGAUGAAAAGGAAGUGACACUGGAACAAAUAUUCGAGCCGUUCAAGAACGUUUCCUCCUUGUUUGGGAAGCCCAAGCUCUUCUUCAUUCAGGCAUGUCAGCAAGAGGUGCCUCAAAAGACAAACCAGGAUGAGCCGUCCAGAGACGCCAUCCAAUUCUGUCUACUCGGACGCAACUUGUCCUUCUAAGGAUGGAGACAUUUUGAUUGGCAUGGCCAAAGUGCC